AUGCGAGAAGUUCUGGCUGGAAGCGCGGAGAGCGCAGGCCCCUCCAAAGCCUCCGGGAAGAAGGAGCAGGCCCUCACAGAGAUACAGAUAUACCGAGCAUUUACGCAGGAAAGGGGAAUGCCUCUCUCCCAGAAAGUCAUCAAGUACAUCCAAAGCGUGCUCUCGCCGUCCACCAUAGACGUGUAUGCAGACAUCGUAAAGGCCUCUUAUAGAACAGGCCUACUCACGGAGAAAGACAUAGAAAGCGCAGUGUGCGAAAAAAUAAAGAAAAGGCAAAACAUAGAGGCUCGCCCCGUGAAAUACGUGCCAGAGGGAGUUAUCCGAUACAAGCUGCUAAAAGAAAGAGUUCUCGCCCACAAGACCUCUAUCGUGUCGCUGAAGCCUGAUGUGGUCUCGCACAUAUUCGGGAUGGUGCGCGUGCACGAGGACGGAAGCCUGUUCAUCGAGGACGAAGACGAGUCGGUCUGUGUCUGCAAAAUAGAAGAAAGCGAGUAUUUCCUGGCAAGCGGAGUCUGUGCUGGAUUUGAGGGCAUGCUUACAAAAGAGGGGUUUGCCGUGCAAAAAGUGCAUUUGCCGGAGCUGCCUGCGCAGAGCGUGCAAAAGACAAACAGCACAAACUUUCUUGUGGUUUCCCAAUUUGUGUCCAGGCCUGAGAACAUAAAGAAAAUAUCGGACGUGCUGAAAGUCUAUGCGGAGUACGAAAUCGAGGUAUCCGCAGUCAUCAUUAUGCUGCACGGGGCGGAGAACAUAGACAACGUACAGCCCAAAAUCGAGGUGUCUCUUCUGAAAAGCUACGCCAGCACAGAGUUCUUCAUUGUGCCGGGCACCUCGGAAAGGCACUUCUAUCCGCACGGAGAGUGCAAAACAUACAAGAACCUGCAAACAACCACAAAUCCCGUGGAAAUCCGGGUCGAGGGAGAGGCAUCUUUUUUGGUCGGGGCUUUUGACCUGGUUGACGGCGUAAAAAAAGAAAGCAUAAUAAAAGGGCCUUUCCGGAAAGAACUGGGGAAGACUUUUUUAACGCAGGCGUCGUUCAACCCAUUCAUCCCAUACGCAGACCUGUCCUACACCGAGGAGUUUGCAGGAGUUAUUAUAGGGGAUAAAUACGACUGCUUUGCGCACAAGGAGGGCAGCAAGGCCUUUGCUAUUUGCGGAGACUUUGAAAAGAGCGAGGGCCAGUUUAUGUUCUACAACGGGAGCGAGCAGGCCUUUGAGACGUGCUCUGUCGGCGGGCUGUCCGCAGAAUGA